GAGACCUAUAACCAUUUAAUAUCCUCACCAGCUGCCGAAUACUUUCUAUUCGCCUUGCCUCUCUCCAUGACGAGGAUGAAGAAGAAAAAGAGAAAGCGAGAGCGUCUCUCCUAAACUUUCUCUCGUCAAUUUAAGCCUGAGGGUAAGGCUACUCGAAGGGCCGUUCAAUUCUUGUGCUAUCACUUGUAUUCUGAGUGGUCUUCUAGUAGGACGUGCAUACGCCAAGCCUUCAGAAAUGGGUUGUUGUAGCAAUAUCUUCGUCGAUAUUUUUAUGUUUGUUAAAAUGUUAAUCCUUAGCACGAAGUUCCUUCUUUCGGAGGCUUGCAGUUCCAUUCGACCAUUGGAAGACCCCUUGAAAAGAGAAAAGGAAUAUGCCGUCAUCACCGGUGGCAAUCGCGGCAUCGGAUGGUAUACAGUUAAGGGGUUAGUCGAAAAUGGCAUGAAAGUGAUUGUUGGUUGCAGAGAUGGUGCAAGCAAAGAACUGCUACUUAAAUCAGUUGAGAAAGCUGGCCUGCCAUCUGGUUCUGUAGAAUGGAUCAAUCUGGAUAUGUCAUCUAUGGAUUCUGUCCGUUCCUUUGGACAGGCCAUCCUUGACAAAAAUGUGCCCAUCAGCCUUUUGAUCAAUAAUGCUGGAAUCAUGUUUACACCAUACACUCUGACCAAAGAUGGCUUCGAAUCACAAUUUGCUGUCAAUUACCUUGGUCACUUCCUGUUGACUCAUCUACUUAUGCCACGCCUCUUGGCUGCUGGAACUAAAGAUCAACCAGCUAGAAUUAUCAACUUGUCCUCAACAGCUCAUGCUUUUGGGCAUUUUGAGAUCAAUGAUCUUCAAGCAAAGUCUCAUUACAACAAAGUAGGUGCUUAUUCACAAUCAAAAGCUGCUCAAAUUAUGUUUACCAAGGUGUUGGAUGAGCGGUUAUCUAGCGAAAACAAGCCAGUGAAAGUCUAUGCUGUUCACCCAGGCUUUAUUAGAUCAAAUUUGUAUACACAAACAUGGUACACGAAACUUGUUUCCCUCACAAUGGGUUUCAUGUUCAAGACUGAAGAACAAGGUGCCCAACGUGUUUUGUACUUUUCCUUGUCGCCGCAAGUAGAAGACUUAAAUGGCGAAUAUUUCGAAAACUGCGAAGUAGUCAAACCGAUAGCGCUGGUUCGCAACCGAGAGACCCAACAAAAAUUGUGGGAGAUGUCGUGUCAGUUACUUGAUAUCUCUAAAUUUGGGGGUUUGUAAUUUUCUUUAUUUCUCUUAUUAAUCCUGUGAUCAAUAACAAGGAUUUUAUUUGGUGCUGAUAUAAUCUAAUGGUAAAUGAAUAAAUGGAAUCAUCUUAUCCAA